AUGAAGAUUGAUGCCCCAAAAGGAACUCAGCUGUAUCUUAAAUUUGUGACAAUGACCCUCAUACUGUCAUUGAGCAAUUUAACUGGUUCCUUAGCUUUUUACUCUCACCUUCUCCUUGACAACUAUUUCAUACCUUCCACCUCCUCAAAUUUCCACCUUUUCUCUUGCUCAGACGCAAUUAUCUGGACUAAUGGAUCCCAUGUCACUUUUCAGAAGCAUAGGCAUUACAAGGCAAGGGAGUACCUUUUAAAGGAGAAUGUGUCUUUGACCAUAGAGAAUGUAGUCAAGGUAGACGGUGGCCUGUAUUGUUGCCAUAUUGAGCACAAAGGAUCUGCUCCAAUGUCACCUAGAAUCUCUACCUCUGUUCCUCCAAUGCCAGCACCCACACAAAACCAAGAACCAGGAGCUACAUCACCUUCUCCAACAUGGCCAAUAAAAACUCAGCCUGAGGUACUGCAGGAAACAAGAAGGACGCAACCCACCAGCUCAACUGUACUCUUGUCCAACAAAUGGCAUGGCAGGGUGACACAGUCUUCAAAUGGCCUUAAGCAUAACAAUCAAACUCAAGUGUCUCUGGCACAAAAUCCGUGGAUGAGCUCCACCAAGGCAGUCUAUCUUGUAAUCAGUAUUUCUGCUGUGGUGCUGCUAACUUUUUUGGUUGUCAUGAUUACCAGAAAAUAUUUCUACCAGAAAAAACUGCAGCAACUAGAUAUGGUUUCAUUGAAUGGCCCUCCAGUUGGAGCUUGGCAUAGUGAAUCUGAAGUGCACAUCUGA